GCCCGCUCCGUCCCGCGGCGGCUCGUCAGCGCAGGGUGAGGCCGCGUCCGCGCAGCCGGGCUCCACCCGGAGCGCGAGCGCCGAGGCGCCGCUACCCCGCAAACCGGGAAGCGUGGGAGCCGACGCGGGGGCUCCCCGCUAACCCUUCCGGCUUCCUCGAGCGCCGCGCGCACUCCGGUUCCGUCACCGCGCGGGCCCGGCCCCGGGUGUGUCCCGGCGCGCGGCCGGAGGCGGCCGAUGAGGAAACUGAGGCACAGAGAUGAAGCACCUUCCAGGACGUUACAGAUCUUGGUUGAACCGAGGCUGCCCAGGCCCUCGUGCCGAUUCCUUUGCGCGCUGGCAAAGGCUCCAGCAAGCAGUCCAGCUGAAAUACUACAAAACAGAGCACCUGGAGAAGAGCUGUUCCAGAACCUUCCGAACCUGCUUCCUUCCGAAUGACAUAAAUUUUUAACACUGAAGGGAGCAGAGCUAAGCGAGCCUUCUUACCGGAUUCCAAGUUGAUUCUAAGAAGAAGUGGCAUGGGCAGAAGAAUUUCGGAUGGUUAGGGUAACAGGAGGUGGCCAGCGCUGGGAAGAUUGGGGCGCUUGUGACUGCUCUGCUUGAGAAAAGGAUUUGGAAGGGAUGCAGGAUCCAUAAAGCAGGGAGGUGAUCCAGAAAAGGAGAGGAUGAGGAAGGAAGGAGAAAAAGAGAAAAUGGGAGGCGACUUCCCACACUAUGGUCGAGAAAUCCCUUGGAGGGAAAUCUGGGUAAGGGCAUGGCCCUAACCUUGGGGAGAUCCAAUGACCUGCCCUCUCUGAAAUCUGGGGGUUCCUCCCUGAGACUUGGGUCACACAGCCCAGUCAUGCCUUGGUGUGCAUCCUCCAAAGCCGGGAUCUGUCCAGGCUCUAGAGCAGCAGCUGCUGGAGGGGACCUCACCAGUUCUCUGAGAGCAACUUCCCUUUUUUAUUUAUUUUUUAAUGUUUAUUCAUUUUGAAAGAGAGGGACAGAGCACAAGCAGGGGUGGGGUGGAGAAAGAGGGGGACACAGAAUCUGAAGCACGCUCCAGGCUCUGAGCUGUCAGCACAGAGCCUGACGUGGAGCUUGAACUCACGAACCGCGAGAUCAUGACCUGAGCCGAAGUUGGAUGCUCAACCGACUGAGCCACCCAGGUGCCCCUGAGAGCAACUUCCCUUAAGUGUGCACCAGCACAGUUUUAAAAUUACUUCAUUUGAGGUAUGUCUCCUUAUGUUGUGUCUGAUAUUCCUUAUUAUAAAUGCUUUGCUACCUUUUAACUUGUAACAUUAACGGAAGCUUUGUGAGAAAAGCAGGUAGUGGUUACACCGUUUUACAGUGUGGGACCAGAUCUUCAGGAAGGCGAGUGACCCGCCCAGGGAUGCACAGCCCUGUGAUGGUGGAGCGGUGGCAGCUGCCUUCUGUAUUGAUCCCCAGGAGGAAGUAAGAGACUGCCGUCGCUCACACCCUCGUGUGAGGAAAUUGACAGAGAGGCCGGAUUAUAUGCCUCCAUUCACCUAGAGAGUUUAGGAAGAGUUUAGGCUUGGCCCAGAUCCAUCUCCUUUACCUUUGGUCGUUAAAGAAUUAGGGACUUAAGGUCAGACAUCCGUGUUUACUGUCCUGUUUCUGUAUCUGGGAGGAGGAAGGAUUGCUUUUAGGCAUUUGUUUUACCUCGUAACCCUUAAGGUUGCGUUCAGCUAGCCAGAUGCGGUCAUUGCUAGACCAGUGGUUCUGGCUGCCCAGGAUAAGACCUCUGCCAGCUUUGCUUUUAGACAAACAGAAAGCCAGGAGGAAGUAGAAGAGGGAAAGGCAGCUGUCUGUCCUACUAGAAGAGCUAUAGCCCAUGUAAGGGAAGGAUUCUUUUCUGAACGUCUGGCAUCUCACCAAGCAGGGGAUACAUUUAUUUCUCUUUUCAAGAACUUCCUUCAGGUGACUCUGCCCAAUUUUGCCCCGGAUGGGACUCGCCAUUGUUGGCCUGCCGACCGCCCUUAAUGUCUCGCUCUCCACUCCUUUGCUCUGUUUCGUCAUUAGGUGAUUGAAGAACACAGCCUCUUGGCCUGUUUCUUGAAUGGUUUCAUCUGACUCAUGGACCUUAGGCUCUCACAUUUCUCUGGUGCUUUGAAAAAGACAAGGUUCAUUCUAGUCUCAUCCCCUUAGUCUCGGCAGACAGCGUCCCUUAGCGUUUGGGACCUAAAAUUAAACUCCAGGAAUCCGAGACCUUUGGACCAAAAUCAAGUCUGACAUCUUCAUUUGACAUGUGGAGAGACAUAAAACCAGAUUGGUGGUUCUCCCCAGGUUUUUAUAUAGCUACCAACAGAGCUAUGACCAAAUUCCAGAUUACCUGGUGAGUGCUUACCCCACAGGGCUUCCAUCUGGUAUUUUGCCGAUUCCUGCCAAGGAUGCCACCUGCCCUGUGGGCCGGUGGAUUUGAUCCUCAGGCUGCAGGGUUAGGGCUUGAGCGUGCUUGGGACUUACUGCAGCCUCUCAGGGUGAUCACCUUUUAGAGGCAGGCACUCUCUAAACCUCCAUGGUGCUCUGCGGUCAAGGUCAUGCUGGUAUCCUGGUAUCUGUGGAGGUUAGUUUCUUGGCCAUUUAGGGGCCACAGGAGUAAAAAGUGCAACCGAGGCAUUCCUCUUUAGUGAGUCUGAGUCUAGCAUUUAUCACUUGGCCUUGGGCCAAUUACUUAACCUCUCUGUACCUCAAAUUCUUCCUGUGUUGUAUUGUGGGAAUAAUCAUAGUAUCCCUCUCACUGAUGGGAGGCAUAAAUGAGUCAACAUUCAUAAAAAUGCUUACAAUAAGCAGACACAAAAGACCUCAAGAGCUUCCAAGUUAAGUUCCUUUUUUAAAAAAAUUUUUUUUUAAAUGCCUUAGUUUUGAGAGAGAGAGCAUGCACGCAAGUAGGGGGAGGUGCAGAGACAGAAGGAGACACAGAAUCCAAAGCAGGCUCCAGACUCUGAGCUGUCAGCAUAGAGCCCGACGAGGGCUUGAACUCACAAGCCGGGAGAUCGUGACCUGAGCCAAAGUCAGACAUUUAACCAACUGAGCCACCCAGGCGCUCCAAAUUCCUUUUUUUAAUGUAGAAACGUUCCCCAAUGGGGUUUCUAUGUAUCGGUCACACAUGCCACAUAUACAAACAUAAAAUGCACGGUACAGUUACACAUGUAGUGAGCUUAUUUGAGAGGCCAAAACAACUACAUUUGGCGACACUUGUACUACCAGAAUAAAUGAAUUGAUUUAUAGAUGCCCUGAUAUAACACUGGCUCCUUUUACCAAUCGCCAAGGUAUUAGUGCGUGUGAGGGAGACACUUGACCUCAAACUGGCCAUCUCCUUUGAAUUCUGUCCUAGUUCUUUCUCUGUUCCGGAUAUUCUGUUUACUUCAGAUAGCCCCUGUUUGCAUGGUGCUAAGAACAUUUAUAAAGAUCUUCAAAUUUCAGAUCUUCCUGGUUGAGGGGAAAACCUUAAACAAAUCCCCCCAAACCUAAACAUUUUCUCAACAGUGUCUCUUCUCCACGAUGGACUAUACUAUGUAAUAACGUGGUAACAUUCCACUAUGGACAGAAGUCCCAUUUCCACAUCACCUUGUGGCCGUGCGGUGCUCUCAUACGUGUAAGGGCUUCUGCUGGGGACAAGGACGUGGCUUUAGAGGCUUUGUACUUCACCUGCUGUGACACGCACGUGCAACUGUUACCAUUUGCGUUCCACUUCACUAGAGAAGUAUUUCUCCCCCUUUCAGCCCUACCAUCCCCUUCGUCAUCCUGAAGUAAAACUUACAAAUAAUAGUGGUGACCUAUAGAUGUAACUUCCGAAAUAUCAACACGUUACCUAUGACCUAAAGGAAAGUAACUUGUUAGAACAGUACUAUCUCAGCACUUAAAGGCUGGACGAAAUAGAUGGCAGCAUCUAUAGAAUCACUGUGAAUACAACAGCUACAGACACAAUCCGGUGAACGAAUGUCAUCUCUGUGAAUUCAAUACCGUGAGUGGUUUGAGUUUCCUGGAAUGGCGAACACUUCCUAAUAUCCAAAGAAAAAGAAGUGUAUUUCCUUAAUUAUCCAAUAUAUAUCAAAGCUGUGCAAAAUAUUUUGUAUCUGCAUGUAAAGCAGCGUUAGGUAACUAUUAACAACUUGUUUGAAAGUCUCACAGGAUCAGGAACAUUUUUUGUUUUGCAGGAAUGCCCAUCAUCCCUGACCUGCACUAAAUUCCAAUAGCUCUAUCCAGUCAACGGGACAGUGAAAAAGAAAAAAAUGAAAAACCCUCACCGAUUCCCCAAACUUUCCCAAGGAGGAUUACUGUAAUAAGAGAGAGAAGUAGCGGUGAACCACCAACAAAUGCUAGAGUAGCUAAAGGGUCUGGGCCGCAAGACUGCAGGCCAGCCGGCCCGCCAGCAGGGGGGCCAAGUCCGGUUAAGGGAGGAGGCAUCAGGUAUGCAACUGGAUUUGUGCCGCAAGGAUCAAAAAAGGUUAGCCUCUUACUCAACCCGGUGGUAGGGCUUCCGCGUACCGUUUCCAGCUGAAAGGCAGGCUUUUGGCAAAGCUGGAUACAGACGGCAUCACCCUGGAUACAGACAGCAGCCCUCUUGGAUACAGACGGCAUCAUCACACUGCCCUCGAGGCUCACCCUGCAUGACUUCUCGGUGGAUGUCUUCCAUUCACCUUCACAUCUGGGAGGUUCCUGGUCUAGGAGAAAGGAAAUACCUGUGAAACCAGAUCAUCUCCUAACCCGGCAGAUGUGUGAGCAGAAGCAUUAGGGGGAACGUUACACAGUUUGCAGUCUGUUGUCAAGCACAGGGGCUCCAGAUGAGUCCACGAGAGAAUGGCUUAAAGAAAAAGCUUCAGUGGGGAAACUUGGGAGUCCAGAGAUGGGGGAGAAGAAAAGGCGCAGAUUCCCACAUUCUCCCAUUUUCCCAGCAGGAAGGCUGUGGCAGCCGGGGUGCUCCGCCGGUCACUCGGCACAGGUCAGCGUCCCGGGAGAGGGCCUUGCCGCUCUUCCCUUACGAGCCAGUGUAAGCACAGCCCUGUCGGCGGGGGGUAAAUAGAUCGCUUGGUGCCAGGCAGUCUGUGGGGUGCCGGCUGUUUAACAGGGUGCGUCUGAGAAGCUAGCCGCCUAGUACCUGGGAGCCUUGAGAUCCUUGGGAGGUGCCGGCCCUGCCGGCAGCAGGAAGUCUGUGGGAAGCCGAGCUUAUGUUCUAGACCCUCCUACGUGAGGAAUGUCGGGUGGGGGGGAGGCUGGUUUCAGCCAGCACAUUUCUCAGGCCACUUAGAGUAGGUUUCUAAGGUUUUUUGGGGACAGUUCUACUUGUUAAGUUAUAAGAACUUACUAAAUACAAAUGUCUGGGCCCCAUAUCAUACCUGCUAGGCCUGAGGCAAAGCCAAGAUAUCUCGAGCAACAAGCUCUAGAAGGGAUUCUGAUGCGGCUGUGUAUAACCUUUUGGAGCCCAGUUUUACUCCUGUCACACAGCCGUUUUCGCCAGCCCCUCCUGCCACAGCCUCUGAAAGUUGGCAGUGUCUUUUCUGUACAUCGAAGCAUUAAGACCGAGCUCUGACUAGCCCUGUUACAUCAUUUCCCAUCAGCAGGAAUCCUAGCAUGUGAACUGCACGUGGUCAUUCGGUCGGAGGGAGGACAGCGGUGGACGCUGGAUCUUCAGUGACCGAAAAUCCCUGUCUAGGUGACGGAAGCUACCCAGUCUGCUUUCUGUUUGUCAGAUGUGAGCUGGCCUAGAUGAGCUCUGUGGAGAUGAACUCGGAUGGUCUCGGAAAAGGAGAUUUGAACUGAGCCAAAGCAUCAACACCAAUCAGGCUAUUGCUGAAGAAUAGAGUUUUCAGGGUCAGCAAUGGAAGGUUUCAGAGGGAAGACUGCCCAAGGUCGUACGAAUGAAGAAGCCUGUAAAAGUGGGGGCCGGUUGUCAAGGCAGACAAAAUGUCCCGUACGGAAGACAUCUUCUUUUGGGAAAACAGCGAUCAGAAAAGUGUCAGUGACCCUCAAGGAAAUUUUCACGAGGGAGAGAGGUCCCGAAUCUAGUGAAUUUAGCCCAAGCUCAGAAGUUAAUACCCAGCAGAAAACUCCAGAGGGAGCUAGAUCCCCCAUAUCUAGGAAACACUUCGAAGACAAUUCAGACUUAAUUAAACACCAAAAACUCUUCCCACAGAAGAAACCCUGUAAAUGCAGUGAAUGUGGCAAAGCCUUCAGUUACCAGUCAGACCUUACGGUCCACAUUAGAACUCAUGGUGGAGAAAAGCCUUUUGAAUGCCACGAGUGUGGGAAAACCUUCAGCCGAAGCACACACCUUCUCGAACAUCAGAGAACUCACACUGGAGAGAAGCCGUAUGAAUGCGGUGAGUGUGGAAAGGCUUUCAGCCGGAGUACUCACCUUAGUCUACACCGGAGGAUCCACACGGGAGAGAAACCGUAUGAAUGCGGUGCAUGCGGAAAAGCCUUUAGCCGAAGCACUAACCUCAGUCAGCAUCAGCGAACUCACACCCAAGAAAGACCUUACAAAUGUAACGAGUGCGGGAAAGCCUUCGGUGACCGGUCAACCGUAAUUCAGCAUCAGCGCAUACACACCGGCGAGAACCCGUACGCGUGUCGCGAAUGCGGGAGAGCUUUCAGCUGGAUCUCCUCCCUCGUUGAGCACCAGAGGACGCACACCGGGGACAGCCCCUACGCGUGCAGUGGCUGCGGGAAGGUGUUCAGCAGAAGCUCGUCCCUUAGCGAACACCAGAGGAUCCACACCGGAGAAAAGCCCCAUGAGUGUGGAGAGUGCGGGAAGGGCUUCGGUCGGAGCUCCUCCCUCAUCAUUCACCAGAGAACUCACACGAGAGAGAAGCCGUACAAAUGUAACGACUGUGGGAAAGCCUUCAGUCAGAGUUCAACUCUCAUCAGACAUCAGCAGCUUCACGUGAAAGGGUAAUACCUGAGGUCUCGUUGAUGGCAGCAUAAGAGCACACAGCGUGACUUCCUGUCGCUACACGUCUUGGAAGUCCCCCCCUCUACUAGCUGGCCAGAAGCCGAUUUCAAGUUAGCCUUCCUGCCUUCCUUCCUUGAUGCUCAAAGGACUGAUCAAGACAAGGGGAUGACUUUCAGAAGCCAACACGUUCCAUCCCCUAUUCUGGAGGACUCCAGACUUAGAGUAUAGACCUCCUACCUGACACCUUGUAUUUGCUCACUUUAUCUGUUCCGCAGGGCUUGGCUCCCUGAACAGUCAGUGAACCUUCUGUUUCCCGACCGUGUCAGUCCCUUUACUUAAGAGGAAAUCCUGUGUGUGUGUGUGCGUGUGUGUGAGAGAGAGAGAGAGAGACAGAGAGAGAGAAAGAUGCUGGCUCUAGUCACAGAAGAGAAGGAGCUGGCUUCAGAACAGGACAAAACACUCCCACCGGUUUGGUGAUAAUAGUGUUGAGGCAAAUUCAGUCCCUCAUCUCAUAAGGACAGAUUUUUCUCUUAAACCUUUUUUGCUGUAGCGUAUUUUCCUCAAAGUAUAAACCAUGGUUCUAGUAAUGUGCUUAAUUAAUCCUAGUAGUAUUUUAUCUCUUCCUUACCAAGAAUGUCCUGACACUUAACGUUUAAUUUUUCCAUUAUUUAGAAAAAAUGCUGCCCUAGUUUUUAAAUUUUUCUUUUGUUUACAGACUUCAUGAAGCUUUGGCCCUCUGGCCCUAAUGCUCACUGAUCCUGUAGAGCUGAUCUCUCAAGGACAAAUUCAGUGCCUAUUUCUUAGUCUUUUUCCUACUUGACAUUUGCAGAAUUGGCACUUUUGGCCACUCUUAGGCCUUAACAUUUGGGCUUCUGCUGGGAUCCAUGAUUGUGUGCUGAUCCACACUUUCCCUACCUCCCAACAUUCUCUGAUUAACAGUGAUGAGCUCUAUAACUUUGGGCAAGAAUUAGACCAGAAUAGUCUCAUUUUAUCGGGCCAUAAUACUUGAGGUUAUUCAAUGAGGUUGCAAGCUUCUUGAAGACACAAACCUUUCUUUAGAUCCCUUUAAAGCAUCCAAAGUGCUGAGCAGUCCCUAAAUGCCCUGUGAUUAUUGCCCGCCUUAUCCCAGGUAAUCAGUUGGCUAGGUUUUAUCUGAAAUGGCUUACGAGUUGAUUUCUCUCUCUGUUCUUAACUGCUGCUGCCGGGGCCCCAGGAGUUUGGGCCCAGAUUGUGAGAGUAAACACCAUUGCCCUUGUCUCCCUGUCUCCAACUCGAUGCCUGACUAAACAAUCACCUUGUCUGAAGAGUCCUCAGUUCUCAUUGUCCCUGGGAAAAAGGUCAAACUGUAACUUCAAGGCCUUCCACAGUUAGGUCCACUUCCUUAUUUUCCAUUACUGCCUGGUAUCCGUGGGCAGACCUGUCCUUUGUCUCUACCACAUCCUCUGUUCACACUUGGCUUCUUUUCAAACUAUUCUGUGGCACCCUUUUACACUUCCUGCUUUCUUCCUUGUGUCUCCGGAAAUCCUAUCCACACUCAAGUCUGCCCCCACUGACACUUCUAGUUCCCCACCUGAGAAGUUCUUUGCAGAAGGGACACCUGGGUGGCUCAGUCGGUUGAGUGUCUGACUUCGGCUCAGGUCACGGUAUCAUGGUUCGUGAGAUUGAGACCUGCGUCCGGCUCUGUGCUGACAGCUCAGAGUCUGAAGUCUGCUUCAGAUUCUGUGUCUCUCUCUCUCUGCCCCUCCCCCACUCACACUCUCUCUCAAAAAUAAACAUUAAAAAAGAAGUCCUUUGCAGUGAUGGUUUGCGUGUAUUUUCCUACAUUACACACUUUCUUAUUCUGUUCUCAGAUCCUUUCAGGUGCUUUUUUUCCAUAAACUUUUGAAGUUAGAAAUUGUCUUAAAUCUCUUAGAAGCCCCAUCUAACACAUGGUACGAUGCAGGUCUGCACUCUGGUUUUAAUCUAAACCAGGAGGGUUUAAUUUAAUAGUGCAGUGUCUUUAGUCUUUUGACCGAUGAGAUGACCUCACAAAUAUUUUGGUCCUUUUUUGUCCUACUUUGAAUUAUGUAAAUUCACUCUUGGGACUAAGUGUCCUUUAGAGCUCUGGGAUGCUGGCAUCUUGGCUUUCCAUCUCAUGGGACUGUUGUAAGGAACAAAUGAAAUGAGUUUAUUCAUGUAAAGUGAUGAAAACAGUGGCUGACAAAGUAAGCGCUCAAUAAAUGCUAAUUGUUAUCAUUCUACUGCUUCA